AUGACAUUAUAUUAUAAAACUAAAUUCAAUAUUAUAUUAUCCGAUCAACUCCAGCUUACAGAAUCACAGUCGACAGCACAACAGCAGCAGAACAACAGCCAGAAUCAAGAGCCGUCGUCGUUACGACAACGACAGGAAAGCAGCAAUAAUCAAGAACAAUCAUCAUCGCAGCAGCAUCUGAAUGACAGCGAUUGCAUUACAUCUCUUACAAAGCGGUGCUCAAGCACAAGAGCUGAAGAUCGCUAUCUGGAGAUGGAGCUGUUGGAUCCAAAAGAUUUGUCUUUUCCACCUAUGAACCAUGAUAAUCAUUUUGUCGCUCAGCAGUUCAAUGUGACAAACACAAUUUACAAAUUCCAGUAUUCGAUUUUACAACAAAAAUGGAAGCUCACCAUUGAAGAUCAUAUACACCAUGGGGGACCAGCCAUGGUUAUGAUGAAUUUGAUGCGAUCUAGUAACCCUAGCUGGCUUAUUAGCUAA